AUGGUUGUGUUUGGAGGCUGGUGCGCUCUCUUCUGCACAUUCGGCCUCAUCAACUGCGUCGGCGUCUUUCAGGAGUAUUAUCUCGAGGGACCGCUGUCUGAUUACAAUGCGUCAGUGAGCUGGGUCUCGUCUGUCCAGAUUUUCUGCAUUGUCUUUUGCGGAGUCGUGUGGGGACGUGUUUUUGAUAGCUACGGAUCCAAAUACCUUCUCUGGGGAGGAAGCCUUCUCUACGUCUUUGGCUUGAUGAUGACUUCACUAUCCACAAAAUACUACCAAUUCUUUCUCGCCCAAUCCGUGGUGGCUUCCAUUGGCUCCAGUGCCGUAUUUAACGGCUCCGUGGCCUGCAUCGUCUCUUGGUUCAAUCGCCGUCGUGCUGCCGCUUUUGGAAUCAUUGCCUCCGGGUCGUCAGUUGCAGGCGUGGUGCUACCCAUCAUGAUGGACAAGCUGAUUAAAAGCAUUGGUUUCCCGUGGAUGAUGCGUUCCAUGGCCUUCAUGUUCAUGGCAUUGCUGGGCAUUGCCUGCGUGACCGCCAAGCCGAGGGUGCCACCUAAUCCCAGACCGUUUGUGUUUGUCGAGUAUCUGCAGAGCUUGAAGGAGUUGCCUAUGAUUCUGACUGUCUGGUCAUUUUUCCUCUUCAUGUGUGGCAUGUUUCUGCCGUUCAAUUACAUCUUACUCCAGGCUAGCGCUGCCGGCAUGUCCCCAGAGCUAAUUCCCUACCUGCUUCCUAUUCUCAACGCUGUUAGCAUUGCGGGCCGUAUUCUACCUGGAAUCGUUGGUGAUAAGCUUGGCAAGUACAAUGUCAUGAUCGCCAUCACCUUUCUCUCUGCACUCUUCUGUCUCGCCGUCUGGGUCCCUGUCAAGUCUACAGCCGGUAUCGUCGUAUUUGCCGUCAUCUUUGGUUUCUCUUCGGGAGGCUAUUUCACACUUGCUCCCGCCAUCAUUGCCCAGAUUUCCGACUUUCGCCAGAUCGGAACUCGAGUCGGCACUGCCUUCGCCAUCCAGUCCCUCGGCGCCUUGGUCGGUAGCCCUGUUGGAGGAGCCAUUGUCAUCUGCCAACAUGGCGAUUAUCUAGGACUUCAGCUGUUUUGCGGAUGCAGCAUGAUGGCGGCCGUGAUUAGGUUCUUGGCUACCAGGUACUCUCUCGUGGGAUUCAAAAUUGUCAAGGUGUAA